CGAGCUGCUAUAGGGCUAUUGCUCAUUAAUAGAAUUUCGAUCUCUUUUGAUCUAUAAUCUGUGAAUACGAAUUGCGAGAUCUCGUUUUGAUGUCACGUGACUUUGGUAUACUUCUACAGUUAUUUUUUCAGGCAUGAUGGCGCCAAACGCUAGUAUCACCAUUUAUGUAAAUAUAUUAUUGAUUUGGUGAAAAUAUUAUUUGAAAUGAAUCGUUAUUCAAGAGACCCAGGGAAAUAGGAUUUAAAAGUAAUACUGAUACGUAGGAUCUUUGGAGAUUCUAAAGGACGUUCAGUUUCAAGAUAAUAAAUAUCCUAUGGACAGCUAUGUAGGUGUGCACAGCUCACCUGCAUGUGCCACGUAUCACUAGCUUAUUUGGUCUAGUAGAAUGGCACAACGAGGCAAGAGAAUAAACAGAAGCGACAAUGAUCCGGCGUCUUGUCCGGGCGCGAUUAAAAGACGUAAAUGCCGCCUGGGCCCAGCAGUCCCAAGCUCAUUGGCGGCAGCAGCAGCUUUGGGGCCCUCUGAGGAGGAGGAAACGAUGGCGUCAUCCAGUCAAGGGGGGGCCUCCUGGACCCCCCGCCCCCUCAGCGAUAUCAAGUCUACUAUUUACAAUCGUUCCGCAACAGAAGCUCCAGCUGAAUUGUUCCGCAAAGAUCUGAUCAGUGCUAUGAAAUUACCGGACAGUGAACCUCUAAGUCCGAAUGAAUAUUGGGUAAUCACAGAUCAGUGGAAGCAAGAAUGGGAAAGAGGCGUUCAGGUGCCUGUUAAUCCAGACUCUCUUCCUGAACCUGCGGUCACUGUCACUCAAACUUCACCAUCUAACAAACUGCAUGGUGAAUUUAAACUGCCAAAAAAGUUUAUAAGAAUAUCUCGGGAUGAUUGGUUUAAUUCAGAAGAUCAUCAUUUGAGUACCACACCUGCACGUGCAGAGAAAGCAUGUGCAUAUGAUCUUGAUGACACCGAUAUUGCAUGGCUUGGAGUGCUCAAUGGGGAAAGGGCGCAGGCUGGUCAAUCGUCUAUAACUGAACCGCAACUGGAGCGUGUCAUCGAAGAGCUUGAAGUUUGUUGUUGGGAGCGAAUUCAAACGAUUGUAAAAAAUGAAGAAGGUCUUGGCAUCGAAUUUGACGAAAAUGUCAUCUGCGAUGUUUGUAGAUCUAACGUUUGGUUACAGCCUGAUUCCGAAGAAGGUAACGAGAUGGUGUUCUGCGAUUGCUGCAACAUUUGCGUACACCAGGCCUGUUAUGGGAUCACUUCAAUACCUGAGGGCUCCUGGUUGUGUAGGACAUGUUCUCUGAGCCAACGUCCGGAUUGUGUUUUGUGUCCAAACAAAGGUGGUGCAAUGAAGUGUACACGAAGUGGACAAAAAUGGGCACACGUUUCUUGUGCUUUGUGGAUACCUGAAGUCAGCAUUGGUUGUGUUGAAAGAAUGGAGCCAAUCACCAAAAUAUCUAGUAUUCCGCAAAGCAGAUGGGCACUCAUAUGCGUGUUGUGUCGCGAACGCGUUGGUGCUUGCAUUCAAUGCAGCAUAAAAACUUGUAAAACAGCGUAUCACGUUACCUGUGCUUUCAAACACGGACUUGAGAUGAAGGCAAUAAUCGAAGACGAAAUGGCAGAUGAUGGUGUUAAAUUAAGAUCAUACUGUCAGAAGCAUAGUAGAACCAACACUAAAGACAAAGUUGGCGUCGGAGGAGCUGUAGGUGGUAGUAGUGGGAAAGGUGCUUCCGAUUCUGAAGACGGUGAGGCGAGGAAACGAAAGCGCAAGGAUAUGACGUCGGAAGAAAAGAAUCAAGCACGUGCAGCUAAGCUGCAAGAAAUUGAAGCAGAGUUCGAUAAGCAUGUCAGUCUCAAAGACAUUACUUCUCAACAACUAGACGUUGACCCAGAUGGCAUUGUUUAUAUUUAUAAUUACUGGAAGUUGAAGAGAAGAGCUGGACAUAACAAGCCAUUAUUGGCACCACGAUGCGGUGAACUAUCAGGUGCUGGUGCUCGAGCUCAAGGACAAGCUGCGGAUUUGGAAAAAAUGCGUACGUUUGUACAGCUACGUCAAGACCUUGAACGCGUAAGGAAUCUUUGUUACAUGGUGGGAAGACGUGAGAAACUAUGUCGUACAUUCUUGAAACUACGCGAGCAAACUUUUCAUAAGCAAGCUCUGAUUAUGUCUGGGUCAUUGUUACCUCCGACUGCAGCAGCUGCGGUACUAGAAGCUAAUCAUGGGCCUUCGAUAUACGAUCGCUUGUACUCUGAUCCGUACUCCAAUGAUCAUACACAUGAUUUUGAUGUUAUCGUUGCAAGAAUUGCAGGGAUCAAAUCCCCCACGCCAGUAUCUAGCGACGAGAAGAAAAUUCAAACUGAUUUUAACGGAGCGUCGAAAGAAAAUUCUAAAAUAGAUAAUCCGUAUAAGAGGCUAUACCUGAACGGCUCGGUGAGAAGAAAAAGUUUAUACGACAGUGAUUUGUCAUCCAUUAGCCAUAGCGAAACGGAUACUGCUAAACCAACAGUUAAAUCGCCAAAUAAAAAUUUGAACAAAACACCGAAGCUUGAACUAAACACUGAUACAAGUACAGAAGAAGAGUCUGCUCCAUCUAAACCACAAACCAAUAGGAGAAAAAAUAAGAAAACUAAUGUUCCUGGUCGUUCUCGGACUGCACUACAUGACAGUAGUGAAAGCGACAAAACGGAUACGCACGUAGGCAAGUUACGUACCUUGCAACAAAUGGAGAGGGAGCUUGAAGGAGGCGGUUCUGCUAGUGACAGUGAUGACCUGCUACCGCUUGGUAGUACAUCUGCCUCACGUCUUGGUCCGUCUCACGCUGCUGCCAUAUACUCAGAUACUGAUUCCGAUUCACAGGAGCAUGCACACGGAGCUGUUCUUCGAACGAAGGCUGCUGUAAAGGAAUUUUCAGCUGCCGAUAUAUCGAAAAAUUCGCAAAAGAAUUUUGCCACUAAAGAUACAUCACGUCAAGAUCAUUCAGCAGAUGAAAUUCCCAAGAGCAAGGAUAAUAAUGCAAAGGUGUUGAAGAAGAAGGAAUAUGUCCCAACUGCUUUGAUAGUACCGCAAAGGCAAGCAGCUAAAAAGGCAUCCGAAAUUAUGCAAAGAUCUCAGAGCAAAAAGGAUCCUUCGAUAGAGCCAGAUAUGACAAAAUCUCCUACAGAUGAAGUAAAGGUUGCUAAAUCUGUGAAGCAGAAAUCAGGUAAACCGAGGGAUGGUAAAGUUAAUAAGGAUUCUAAAAAUAACGAUAUUUAUGAUUUUGAUAAGGAGUUUGGGGAUGGUUCGGAAAUUCUUGCAUAUGUACCGCAAAGGCAAGCAGCCAAAAAAGCAGCAGAACAUAUUAAAAGUGGCAUGGGUACAAAGGUUGGUCAACCAGAGGUGGCAGAAAUACCUGAAGUGAAAACGAAGAAAGAUUCUCCAGAACAACCUAGGAAGAAAGAAUUGAAAAAAGAAGAAACACCGAAGAAAGAAGAGGCAUCGAAGAAAACGAGAAAAUUGCAGCAGGAAAGCUUGGUACCUUCAAUAUUGUCCAGUAACAGUGAUGGUAGUAGCAGUAGUAGUUGCAGUAGUUCUUCCGACAGUAGUAGCGACUCUGACGAGUGCAAAACUACUGCACAAAAUGUUCCUACUACACCUGCUAUUGAGCUAGCUAACUCACCAUCUACCUCCUCCGAUACAGAUAACAGUAACGAAGUUAAAGCAAAGACGCUCAAUAAACGGCAUUACAACAAAACUGCAGAUAACGCAACGGAUUCCGAUACUACGCAGAAAAAGUCGGUUGGCCGAAAAGUCAAAAAGCUGCCCGAUAAGAAGCUUAAAACUUCCGACGGGCGGCAUGGACCCGAAUUUCAGCCGCCGCCUUUUGAGAGAGAAGAAUCAAGUAGAUUCUCAGCGUCCAAAGAACAUCAACCUCAACACCCACCAGCACCACAACAACAACAACAACAACAACCACAUGAUAGAAAGUCAGAUCAAAGAGAAUCGACCAAAAAAGUUAUCACCCCACAACAUCAGCAUUCAAACCAGAGCAGUCCACUCAGUGGGAGUCGAGAUAAUGAUGGGGCACGAAAUCUACUUGGGCCCAAGUCUGCAAAGAAAACAAAUCAGAUUUCCAAACAGCCACAUCAGCAGCAAUCAACUUCUACAAGAAAAGACGAAGCAAGUGCCAUUACAAAAACAAAAGUUGAUGCUCGUAAACGAAAAUCAAGCGAAGUACCUCAAAAAGAGGAAAAGAACAGCAAAAGUCUGGCUUCGCUCAAGAAAAUAGAGAAGAAGGUAACUGACACUCGACAGAUAGAAACUGAAAAGUGUGACAGCAAAAAUGACACUAAUAUUAGUGAACUAGACACAUCUAAAAACCUACUAGAAGAGACCGCCCUAAAGACUGAUGAUAAAAAAUACAAAAAGACUGCUGCAAAAAGCUCAGUCAAUACAUUAGAGGAAGAAAUAAAGCAAAGGAAAGCUGAACGAGAUAGUCCCAAGAAAUCAUCCAGAGGUUUAGACAAACUUCUCGAAAAAAGAGAACACCUCGAUAAGUUAUCUAAAGCCAAGAACUCUGAUGUUAAGAUAGAGAAAGAAAUUCGCAAGGAUUCUGAAAGUAUACACAAGGACGAAUACCAUCCAAAGAUUGUUACAACAGAAUCAGUUAAGAAUGAGCAUUACAAACAUCAUCCAGGUAGCAAUAAUGAUGUAGGAACUACAUUACCAGAUGUUGAUAGGAGGUCGAGUGAUUUUAGUGAAAUAAUAUCUGAUCAAUAUCCAGAGUGUAAGAAGAAAAGUGAAGACAAAAUUGAUACGCGCACAGAAAUAUCAAUCCAAGAUACUGAGAUGUCGACAGCAAAUGUUGACACGAAAGAAACUAGAGACAACACUGUGUCAAAAUGUACAUCGGAGAAGCUUGAAGCAAGUGAAAAAGACUGCCAUAAACGAAGAAAAUCUACGAAUCGUUCGAUAUUUUCACCCCAGCAUGCAGGAAAAGAUCCGAGUGUAUCCGAAUUUUUCGACUUUGAACAUGAUAUAUUAACUGUCGAUGAUAUGGUAAAUGAUGAUGGGUUCGGUAUACCACGUGAUCCAGAAGAACGCGCUCCGCCACUCACGUUUUCCUUUAAUAACGAACUUUGGUUCAAGGAAGACUCUAAGGAAGAUAGCGCAAGAGAAACUCUACAUCUGGUUGAAAAAUUGAGAAUGGAGCUAUCGAAAAAAUCAAAUACUGGACAACCUGAGCUGGAAUCUGUAGCGAUAGAAGAGGAGGUUAAGAAAGAAGAGAUUCUACUGGAAAAGCCUACAGAACAAAUUUCAUCGAACAAGGAACUUAAGUUAAAAGAGCCGGAACCCGAACCUAUGUCUGAUGUGAAACAUAAUGAUAGUAUUAACCAAAUAUCUGAUGACUUGGAUUGCAAAAAUCAAAGUAUAGAGGAAAAAGACAAAUCAUGUUAUACACAUAAUAAUGAGCCCUAUGCACCAUACAAUAACGAAGGACGUGAAACUGGGAAGGUCACUGUUGCAGAAAGAGAAAAGUUGGAUAGGGCUGAAGCUGAUGAACGAUGGGUACCGCCAAGUAUGGAAAAUUUCAAUCCUAAUGAAGUGCAUCUCAACACGCUUAUAGAAAGUCAGAAUCAUCGCUACAGCGGACAUGAAUAUCCGAAUGAUGCUGUAAUGUCAGAAAGCAAUAAUGAGGUGCUUGUGCAUCCACAAAUUAAUAUGAAUAUUCAAGAACAGUAUCAGCUGUUUCAGCAAACGCAUCAGCUCAUGCACCCAGCGCAACAUGUCGAUCCACAUCCCGAGGCCAGAGUGCCACCAAUUCAAAUUAUUGAUCAACAAGUUGGACAAUUACCAAGUCAAAUCGUUGAUGAAAUAACACCAAUGGAAAUCGUGAACAGACAUCUGAUCGAACCACCCAACUCGGAGGAAGAUCAAGUUAAUGAUAUUGAAGCUCAAGUCUUAGAAAAAGACGAAAUGUCGUCGGACAUGAGGCAGGAUUAUAAUCAAGGCGGAUCACCUUACAAUGAUAUUAGCAACUCACGUCAGGAUACUAGGUGGGCAGAGAGCCAAGUAUUACCUUCACGUCGUUCUACGUCAUCGUCAAUUACAUCUGCUUCCUCGAAUGAAGAUCCGUCUACUAUUCCAUCGUACAAAAAUAUGGCUCCAAUUCCUUUCCCGCCACGUUCUAUGGAGACGGGAGCCUAUCAUUCCUAUUCGGAGCCAAGUACGUAUGCUGGUCCAGUUUCAUUAUUUCCACCUCAGUCCUGUGCAGCAUCAUUACCGUAUCCGUCACCAGGCACAGGCAUGUUUCCUCCACCUUUUGGAGCACCUUUUCCCACCUCUGGAUCUCUCUUACCACAUGUAUCAAAGCCUCUGGAGGAUUCUCUCAAUAUGCAAGCAUCACCACUUACAGCAGCAUUUACCUCUUCAUCUCAUAAUAUGGCUCUGACCGCAGCCAUGGUAUCACCUACAAAGAUUCCAACUCCUCCACCACCACCACCUAUAAUCUCGGAACAAGAACAGACUCAGGAAGUACAUCAACAGCAACAAUUGCAACAGCAACAACUUCAAGAAUUACAACAACAGCCAAGUCCUCCUGUGGUACCAAUGCCUUUCUUGAACAAUAUGUCUGAAACCCCAGUGUCCGACUCAGUUGUUGAUACCCUUCAGGAGAUGUUAAUUGAAAAUAAAUCUACGCAACCAGGAAAGAAAUCUCCUGCAAAACCAACGAGAUCUUCAGCCAGAGUAACAUCCUUACAGGGAAAAUCUCCUGGAAAGUCACCACGUCAAGAAGCUUCAAAGACUGUUCCAGCUUCUAAAGCACGUAGCAGAGCUUCGAAAUCUUCGCAACAAGCCGGUUACAGGAAUCGUGGACGAGGCCGAGGUCGGGGACGCGGACGCGGUAGUCAUGGAACAACUGCAAUGUCGAAUGUCAAUAUUGUGAAUGCAAUGCACAAUAACGAAGAUACCAUACGUAGCAAGUUAGUGGGAACUGUGUAUGAUUUUGAUUCCGAUGAAGAUUCUACAAAUGAAACAAACAUCGCAGACCUGCGUACUAUGCGCGAGAGGAAGAAAUCCACGGAUGUAAACGACAAACGGGAAAGUUUGGGUAUACUAAAUGAGGGUUUACAAACUUCUCAUUUAUCUAGUCCUACUUUACAUAAGAAAUAUAAUGAUGAGAGAAGGCUGUCAUCGCCAACAGCUCAUGACAGUGCUGGCAUAGGAGAUUCUGAAGCCACAACAGGGCAGCCAUUUACUGACACCGUAUUACCGCUGCUACCAGGACCAGUUGAUAUGAGAACCUAUAACUCAACAAUUGAUGCACAAACAUCGUCGAUACACACACAAGCAUAUGCAAAUCAUUUACUAGGCCCCUUUACAAGUGGAUCUGCGGACCAAUCAUUACCGGAUAUUGAUGAAGACCUAGAGAAAGAAUUACAUUCCGCUCUUAUAGCAAGCAAGCAAUCCGACCCAUGCAGAGAUGGCCAUAUAUCCAAUCCAACCGCAGAAGCACCUUCGUCAAACAUAAAUGAGUCCAAUAAAGUACUGCUUACAGAUUCUCGUAAUCAGUUGAAAGUUAAAAUUAAGGGCCCAUUCUUGGACGCUAAUUAUGUACCCGCGACUUCUGCACCUCCACUUGCACAACAAGCACCCGUUAUUAUAACUCCUGCAGCAACUAACGCCUCAGUUGCUUCGGGAACGUCGAAUCUGCGUAGAAUGAGAAAAAAAGAACUCUUACGGCAGUACUGUACUCAAGAUAUGAACAUGGAAGAUUCUACUUGUGGCAAUAUAACUUCGGCACCAAUUACAAUACCACCUGUUAGUCGAAAUGUAAUUACUAUUCCUAAGGCAGUUGCAUCUAUGACUAGCUUCCCAACUAGGGAGGAUUACAAAGCAGUCGUCGAUGCAAACAUGGAGAAAAAAAGAAGAAAGGAAAGAGGGGGAAGUUUCCUUGAUUUACCUGACGAAGAAGGUGCGUCGGACAGGCGGCGUGGUGUAGGUGCCAGUAAUAUAGAUAGAAGAAGAGGAAGACAAACAAGACCUUCAGCAACCACAGUAACAAAUAGCGGUCUUGCUCCUAAGCUUAAAAUAAAAAUCGGCAAUAGCAUAAUUGGACAGGAAUUGGGCAACGUGCAACAAGAUGAUCGUAGUAGAAUAAGACCGCCAAAGAAAAGAUUAAGCAGUAUUUCUAGCUUGCCGACAAUGGAAGAAUUAAAAAGAGAAUCGAUGAAAUUCCGUCGAAUGAUUAUGGCGGGAUUCGAUAACGACGAGAAGCCUAAAGUCAAGAGUAAAAAAGAUAAGAAUGGUAAGAGGAAAAAGAAACAAUCUAACAAAAAAGAGGGACAUGUAGAAAUUGUGGGCGAUGGCCCUGCCCCUCCAAAAUUGAUCAUUAGAUUAGGGAAAGGCACCAACUCAGCAACUAAUGUUCACGAAACUACGUCAAAUGAGGUGCCCAGCAUCAAUCCGGUUGGCAUAGUUGACGGAGACAAGGCAAGCAGAGUCAAUCAUCCUGAUAACCAAGACAGUCGAGUUGGUCCUCCGCCACCUGAACCGUCGAAGGAAGAAGUGGGCUACCCCCUGGAUAGUCGAGUUGAUGAAAAAUUGCCAACUGAUCCAAAUGCCAGUAUAACUUCAUUAAGGAAUGUCCGUUCUGCAAAAGUCACACCCAUAAGGUUAAAAUUAACUAGAUGCCAAGAAGGAUAUGAACUGAAAGCACCGGUGGUCAGUAGUGCGUGCGACGACAGUGGUAAAGUGACCUCAAAUUUAAUAUCCAGAGGGGAAGAUGUGGCCGUUGUUGAUAAGGAGAGCGAGGAAUCCUCAACAAAGCAAUCUUCCAAGGAGGACGAUAUUCCUAUGCUGCCUCAACAUACUGCUCACAACUCUCCAGGCUGUCCGCCUGCACCACUCCCACAGGGAUGCCAAGUUAGGUGAUAAUAAUUGUAUAAUACAGUAAUUAAUGGUUCUUAUUAUUAUUAUUAUUAUUAUUAUUAUUAUUAUUAUUAUUAUUAUUAUUAAAAAAAUUUAACAAAAAAACUACAAAAAAUGAUGUAUAUUAUAUUAAUGUUGAGACAGAGACUCACUAGAAAAAGUUUUGUGUAAUAUAUAUUACUAAUGGCAUGUAAAUGAUGAUCUGAUGACGGGUGAAGUGAAAUGUCACAAAGUGCCCAAAACGAAAAAAUACACCACAAUUAGCAUGUGCAUUGCAAGAGUAAAGUGCAGGUUGUUAAUUAAGGUAUCAUUCAUUUGUCGAACUGUACAAUGUAACGUCAUUUCAAACUCAUAUUCUUAUAAAGGCAAUUGAAAAUGAUUUUAUUCAAAUAACGUUUGAUACCGUUCUGGGCACCCUAAAUUUUAAUGAAAAAAUGAAAAUAAAUAAAUACCCUGUACAAAUAUUCAGAAAAUCACAGUUUAAAAUCGUGAUUUUAAACACAUUACAUAUAAUUACUUUUAAUAAAAUACUAUACAUAUAAAUAUAUUUCCGAAGACUAUUAUUAACGUUUAAUAAAAUAUAUAUAUACAAUAUAUACAUAUAUAUAUGUUGUAUAUGAAUAUAUAUUUAUAUAUAUAUUAUAUAUAUUAAUCGAGGAAUAAUAAUAGUAAUGAAAGAAAUCACUUUUUAUUUCUAAAAGAAUUUAGAUUAUCAGUUUAUUUAAAGAAGAAAAUCCAUUCACAUCAAUUUAUAUAGAUAAUCAUUUUUAUUGCUAUAUAACAUGCAGAGUAUCAUGACGUGUGUCUUUUAAAUAACUACUACAAUCAAUGUACCAUGUGGUAAAAUUUGCUUAAAGUUUAAACGAAUAAUAAUCAGCCCAACUGAGUCAUUAAAUUAAGUGUCCACGAUUUUUUUUAUCACUAUUUUAUGUAUAGUUGCAGCUAUUAUGUAAUCUAUUCGAAAGGCGUAUAUCUUAUUUUAGUUAACACCCAGUUGUUGAGUAUUUUUUUAAACUUGUUUUGUGAACUUUCGUAACUCUGCAGUGUAUAGCAUAUAUAUUUAUUUAUGAACACAGCUACGCAGAUCAUAUUAUUUAUUUGAGAUGAAAAGCUUAAUUGAAAAAGAUUUAUAUAUUUUGUCGAUCAAUUUCAACAUCAAACUAUGCUACUGUGUGUGUAAUUGGAUUUGCGACUGCCUAAGUGCACAGAGGUUCUAGAUCAUCUAAAGUGUAACAGUUAGUUUUAGCAAUCAGUAUUGGGUGUUGGGUCAGUAUCAAUUUUUAAUGACUAAAAAUUCUAUGAUUUAAAAAAAAAAAAAAAAUUAUGAAUUGAACUCAACUCCCUUACACGGUAGAUAAAAAUCCACAAUCCGCUUAUUUAGCACGACUAAUAAAUUUGACUAACCAAUUUCCAACAAAAUAGUAUCACUGUUGAUAUUGUGCAAAAAUUUGUAAUCAUAUUAGUUAUUGUUUCGAAUCCUACUUCUAAAAUGUACAUUUGUUAAUAAUGCAAAAAUUUUGUCUUUCUUUUUUUGUACUGAUUUUUUACACCAUGUUGAAUUUUAGAUAAUUGUGAUAAAAUAAGAGGGCACUCCAUUACAUUUCAGUAGCAAAGUACAAAAGUUGGUGAUUGCUCUAAAAUAUACAGAUCUUUUUUUCCGCUUACUAAAACUACUUGCUGCUAAGACGUAAUGAAUAUAUAUCUAAUUUUACUGGAAUGUGAUGCUAUAGAAGAGUAAGAAUUCAGUUUUAGCCGAAAGUUGUUGGUAUUAAUACAUGCGUCAGUUUUUGAUCGCUAUAAAUGAUUGAAUAUUAUUUGGGUAUAAAAUAUAGUGAGAUUGAUUAUGCAUUUAAUAACUUUUUAAAAUAAAUUUUUAUAUAAAAUUCUUCUGUAUCAUUUAUAUUUUGCAUUGUUGUGGGUUUCCGUUUUCUGGCCAAAAAAAAAACAACCGUACUAACCAAUUACCACGUGUAAUCAACCCGCUAUAUUUUAUCAGAAAAGUAAUUAGUAUAUGCAAUAAGUGAAAGACUCACGUAUGUAAACUUUCAGCUGUAAGUGAAAUCUCGUUUUGAAUUUCGCAAAAUAGUCGGCAUGUAAAUUUUCAAUCGAAAGAUUAAAUAAUUGUAUAUAUUGUAUUUUGCUGAAUCUUUACUUAUCAUUAAUUCGUAAUAUGAUUGGUAUAAAGUUUUUGACGGCUGUGUAAAGUUGUAUGGUCUUAUCUUCCAACUAUUUUGUUACUAUAGUUAAAGUGUUUGUCUCGAUGAUUAGAUUAUCAUAGGCCAAGAGAAUUACUUGGUAAAAUGUCGCGGUUUGAACAUUUUUUAUCCUCUCUUUGUCAAUUUGGCAAUAUUAUUUCAUCACAGAGUAACUGACAUGGGCGAGUAAUUAUUUACUGCCCUAAGAGUUUUUCUUGAAACCUGUAGAACGUUUAGGUACUUGAUAUUAAUUGCGGAGUUCGCAAAAUUGUUGCACACCCACAACACAUUCAUUGUCAGUUCUCUUGGCCUCGACAAGGACUUGCAAUAUUUGUGAAAAAAAUAUCAACUAUUUGAUAAUUCAGUAAGACGUCGCGAUUAUAAUUUUUGAAUAUUCCCUAUGCAAUUCCUUUCGUUAGCUGCAUAUAUGCUCCGCGAAUUACUAUACAAUUUGCAAAUCUGCACUUCAUACCCUACAGUGUGUACUGUACAUUGUCAGUGAUAAGAGAUCAAGUUUUAAAAGCCUAUAUUGUACAGAAUGUAAUAUAAAUAUUGGUUAAUUUUC